GUGUUGGGUUUGUGAGGUGAACCAGAACCCUUUGAGUGGACUCUCUUAACGAUUUUUUCAGUGUCAACCUUACCAAAGCAGCAGGAUGACUUCAGAAGAGAUUUCUCUGAGGGGUUUUUCUGCGACGCUGAGCAGGUUGGAGAGGAGGUUGGAGGCCAUAAACACUCAGUUUGAGGAGCUGGACGAGGCGGCUCGGCGGCUCACGGAGCGGCUGGAGCAGCACAGGCAGGACCUGGCUGUUCAGGCCCACCAAGACCAGGUGUGGGGGUCUCUACUGGAGGACAAGUUUACCACCGUUGAGACCAACCUCUUCUUCACUUAUGUGGCCGAUGCUCUGUGCUGCUGCCAUGAGCAGGUUGUAAGGAAGCUUCCAGAUCUGGCUCAGAGCCUGCCCACCACGGCGUGCAUCCUCCGAAGGAAAAUCAAGAACCGCAGAAUCGACAGGGCAUGGGAGUCCACCAUCAGGGACCUGGGGCUGGAGCACUCUGACAUCAAAGCCCUGUGUGCCUUCUUUGUGACGCACGGUUACCAGGCGGAGUACUACAACCCCUUUCAGAGGCGCAAGCUCGCUGAGGGUGCGGAAACGCUCGUACAGAAGGCAGUGCGAAACCCAGUGCUGAGGGACAGCUUGCUGAGGGCUGUGCAGGUGGUGGAGGAGGGGAAGGCUGGGACCCUUGUGUCACCCCAAACGGAGGAGCAGAAACCAUCCCCCUCUAUAAGAGAACAACUCUCCAAACAAAUUAUGGAGAAGUGAUCCAUUGACCAACAGCACAGACCUUCGCUGCUUAACCUGGAAACAUUAGCCCUGCAUUGCACAAAUUUUAAUGGGGUGCAUGUUGUAACCCCUUUGUUCCCCAUAUUACAGUACUGUAUAUAUUACAUACAGUUAUAAAUAUUAUGCGAUAAAGAUGCUAUCAUUAUGUUACGCAGACAAUAUAUUGAUGACAUCUUUCUUGUAUUGCACGAGUCAAAGUUUGAACAACUGAACUUUUUAGAAAAACCGAACAUAAGAGAAAAGCAAUUUUUUAGCACUAUUCUGUUACAAACCUUACUGAAAAAAUGUCUUGCUCUCUGGGGAUAUCUUUCACCCUUUUACACUAAAAAGUCUACCAAAUAGACAGUUCCAUUACAUCUGCUGUAUUUGAAAUUUUCAUUUUCAAACACUGAAUUCCUUAAGAAAAAUUGAUUAACUUACAACCCAUGAUAAGCCCCAACUUCAAAUUGCUACACUGUCCCCAACAUGACAUAUAAUCUUUGAAAUAUUGUGUUGAACAGGUUUAAUGCCCACUACAAGCAAGUUCUGCAUCUGUUCAUGAAAGAUUCACGAAGAGGCCUACAUUAACUCAAUUUUCCUCAUA